CAGGAACAAUAUUAAAAUAUAAGUACUAUUGUUUUCUACAGGUUAUACUGCCAGACGACACCUGACAUGACUUCUGUGCCACCUGCUCUUUCAAACACCACAUUUAUUCGCCCUUCCACUUUUUAUAUCAAUGGAUUUUACAAUAUUCCACACACAAAGUACUACUAUGUAUUUCUAUGCACUGUCUAUGUUGUAACAGUUUUAGGGAAUUCUUUUAUAAUGUGCACAAUCUAUCUAGCACGUACCCUUCAUACCGCAAAGUACAUUGCUGUGUUUAACUUGGCUCUUUCUGAUUUGGGAGGGAGCUCUUCUCUUAUUCCAAAGAUUAUUGAUACUUUUCUGUUUGACCAUCAGGUCAUAUCAUAUGAAGCCUGUCUGUCAUACAUGUUUUUUGUCUUAUUCUUUAUGUGCUUGCAAUCUCUUACUCUGCUUGUUAUGGCCUAUGACAGGGUAGUUGCAAUAUGUUUUCCUUUAAGGUAUAAUGCCAUUGUUACCAAAGCAGCAAUGACUUUAAUCAUUGGCAUUGCGUGGAUUAUUUCUAUAACUAUAAUUGCUGUCCUUGCAGCCCUUAUUACCAGGCUGUCCUUCUGUAGAUCCACAGUCAUUGACAGCUAUUUCUGUGAUCAUGGUCCUAUUUAUAAGUUAGCUUGUAAUGAAAACAUCAUAAAUCACAUCAUGGCUAUACUUUGUUUUGUUGUGUUGUCUUGUGUUCCAAUGUUAUUAAUAAUUGUAUCAUAUAUUUGUAUCGGCAUUGCCCUGCUGAAUAUCUCACAUGGUUCCGAACGGAAGAAAGCUAUGAAAACCUGUACUUCCCACCUUUUUUUAGUGGCUUUAGCCUAUAUUCCAUUUUUUGCCAGCAAUAUGCUAUCUUUUACUUCAUCUUUAAAAGCAAAUGAUAGAAUAAUUAAUUCUACUCUGACACAGAUUAUUCCACCCAUGUUAAAUCCCAUUAUAUAUACUCUAAAGACUGAGGAAGUCAUGCUUGCUGUAAAAGGUCUCUAUAAACGGGCCAAAAUAGCAGUGACCUAUGGCAUGUGCAACGGAAACACAAUUAAUCCCUGUGUGGGAGUUUAA